UACAUUGUUGCGCAUGCCCAGUGUACCCAACUGCUUUGCUCCGCUUUUGUGCUUCAGACUUCUGUCUCCAGGUAAGGGUAUCCUGGAAACUGGGCUACAGUUGGCCGAUGCAAACAAAACCCAGGAGGUACCAAGAGCUUUCGGGUAUGUAAACUGACAAGGGGUGAUCAGUGUCAGCUCAAAUAUUCCCCACAGCGGAGAGUCCAGUACACAAAGCAGUUGUUCUUGGGGAAGGGAAGGAUGAUGGGAGAAGACGAGCAACUACAAACCCCAGCAUGCAGUGCGCAGUUUGGCAUCUGGAAUGAGGACUGUCAGGCAGCUCCGCCAGGCCUCGGGCCAAAUUCGGGCAGAGCGCGAGACACCGACUGUCGUCCGACCAGAAUGCUGAGAAUCAGGAAGACAGGCGGGGCUCUGUGAGCGAGUCCUGAGGUCCCUGAUCUUUGACGUUCGCAAUUUGGGGGGUCCCCUGGCAUGUAAGUGGUUGUGUAAGUAUUUAUGGGCCAUCCAGUUCGGCCCAGGCCAGCAUCGGCCCUCCAAGGUCCUAGAGCCUUCAGUGUUGCCAAGGGACGCCUGGGCCGGAUGUGACGUUAGCGUAGAGGAAGAAGAGAGGCGGAGCGUGGCGUGGUGACGUUUUCCCAAGAUGGCGGCAAGAGAGUGAAGAAACUGUUUCCGCUUGGUUUGCUAUUAGAGCAGAGGUAAAAUUCCAUUGAGAUAUCAAGAUGCAGUAUUCACACCACUGUGAGCACCUUUUAGAGAGACUGAACAAACAACGGGAAGCAGGUUUUCUUUGUGACUGCACCAUAGUGAUCGGGGAAUUCCAGUUCAAAGCUCAUAGGAAUGUGCUUGCCUCGUUUAGCGAGUAUUUUGGUGCAAUCUACAGAAGCACUUCUGAGAACAAUGUCUUUCUUGAUCAGAGUCAGGUGAAGGCAGAUGGAUUUAAGAAACUGUUGGAGUUUAUAUACACAGGAACUUUAAACCUUGACAGUUGGAAUGUUAAAGAAAUUCAUCAGGCUGCUGACUAUCUCAAGGUGGAAGAGGUGGUCACUAAAUGUAAAAUAAAGAUGGAAGAUUUUGCUUUUAUUGCUAAUCCCUCUUCUACAGAGAUAUCUAGUAUUACUGGAAACAUUGAAUUGAAUCAACAGACCUGUCUUCUUACUCUACGAGAUUAUAACAGUCGGGAGAAAUCAGAAGUGUCAACAGAUUUAGUUCAGGCAAAUCCUAAACAAGGGGUGUUAGCAAAGAAGUCAUCUCAAACUAAAAAGAAGAAGAAGGCCUUCAAUUCCCAGAAGACAGGGCAGAAUAAAAGAGUGCAAUAUCCCAGUGACAUUUUAGAAAAUGCAUCUGUUGAAUUAUUUCUAGAUGCAAAUAAAUUGCCCACACCUAUAAUAGAACAGGUUGCACAAAGAAGUGAUAAUUCAGAACUUGAGUUGACAUCAGUUGUGGAAAAUACUUUUCCAGCACAAGAUAUUGUACAGACUGUUACAGUGAAACGGAAACGUGGAAAAUCACAGCCAAAUUGUGCUCUGAAAGAACAUUCUAUGUCUAAUAUAGACAGUGUCAAGAACUCUUACGAACUGGAGAGCUCUGGGGAAGAGCUGGAUCAGAGGUAUUCCAAGGCCAAGCCAAUGUGUAAUACCUGUGGGAAAAUGUUCUCAGAAGCCAGCAGCUUGAGAAGGCACAUGAGAAUACAUAAAGGAGUCAAACCUUAUGUUUGCCACUUGUGUGGAAAGGCAUUUACCCAGUGUAACCAGCUGAAAACACAUGUAAGAACUCACACAGGUGAAAAGCCAUACAAAUGUGAAUUGUGUGAUAAAGGAUUUGCUCAAAAAUGCCAGCUAGUCUUCCAUAGUCGCAUGCAUCAUGGUGAGGAAAAACCCUAUAAAUGUGAUGUAUGCAAUUUACAAUUUGCAACUUCUAGCAAUCUCAAGAUUCAUGCAAGGAAGCAUAGUGGAGAGAAGCCAUAUGUCUGUGAUAGGUGUGGACAGAGAUUUGCCCAAGCCAGCACACUGACCUAUCAUGUCCGUAGGCAUACUGGAGAGAAGCCUUACGUGUGUGAUACUUGUGGGAAGGCAUUUGCUGUCUCUAGUUCUCUUAUCACUCAUUCUCGAAAGCAUACGGGUGAAAAACCAUACAUAUGUGGUAUUUGUGGGAAAAGUUUUAUUUCCUCAGGAGAGCUCAACAAACACUUUCGAUCCCAUACAGGAGAAAGACCGUUUAUCUGCGAAUUAUGUGGAAAUUCUUACACAGAUAUUAAAAAUUUAAAGAAGCACAAAACAAAAGUUCAUUCUGGGGAAGAUAAAAUUCUAGAUUCUAGUAUAGAGGAUCAUCCCCUGUGUGAACAAGAUUCCAUACAGAAAAGCCCUUUAUCAGAAACUUUGGAUGUGAAGCCUUCUGAUAUGACUUUACCACUGGCCCUUCCACUUGGGACUGAGGACCACCACAUGCUUCUGCCUGUCACAGAUAAUCAGUCUCCUACAUCAGAUACAUUGUUGAGGUCAUCUGUGAAUGGGUAUUCAGAACCACAGUUGAUUUUUUUACAACAGUUAUACUGACUUCGUAGGGAAUGUAGAUUUGCUAAGACAUCUCUGGUAGUAAACAUAAACAUCUCUGGUAAGGUGCAGAUACUCAUCUUAAAAUACUAUGUAUUUGAGUUGUGGCCAUUAUGAUUCAUUCAAGUAAAGGCGCCUGAUGCUGCAUCAUAACUGCUAUGCCUAUUUUGAGUUCUGGCUUUUAUGUCUAUAAUACACCUGCAGUUUUUUAAGAAAUGAAUUAUAUAAUACAGUAGCACUAUUUUGGGUGGUUAGGUUUCAUUUUCUUUUAGAGCUGCCUUAGUUCAAUUUUUAUUUUGCAUCUUAGAAUUAAUUGCCUUCCAUGUAUUGAAAUGGAAUCUAUCAGUUUAUAUGAUUCAGUUUGACCUGUGUAAUUUAAAACUUUUCUUUCCCUCAAAAUUUAAGCAAAAUCUACGAUGGCAUCAGCCUAAGAGUUGCUGUUACUAAGCCCCACAGACCAAUGCAUAAACUGAGGAGAAAAAUAAAAUUUCAUAUUUCUGCCUAAGAAAUGUAGGCACUAAUAAGAAUUAUGCCAUUUCUCUAUUAAUAUAAUCCAUUGGAGAUAACUUUUCUAAUUAAACAAAAAUAAGUCUCUUAAAAGCUAGAAAACUGUAUAAAUUUUUGUUCAUUUUAGAACUCCGUAGUCCGGAGAAAACUAGUAAUACUUUUGAUUUGAGUUACCUGAGACUGUGUUUUCAAAAUAAGUUUAUAAUAGAUAUUUGGUGUUUUUACCUUGUUACAAGCUAUUUUCAAAAUUUGACUCUGGUUAUGAUUUAAUAGGUUUCUAGGUUACUGAAGAUGAGGAAAAUUUUGAUAAGCCUCUUGUUAACGCACUUUUUAAAAUAUUAAAUUCCAAAAAGAAUUUUCAAAAUAUAAACGUAAAGCAUACUAUAAAUCACUUGGCUCCUGAAUAUGAUUCAUUAUAUUACAUAGAUUUAGGAAAUUAACUUCAAUUAUAAGUAAACAUUUGAGUUAUCAGAAAGCCAGUUUAUUAAACAUUUUAUAUUUGAGUGUUUGAUAAGUUUUGAAACUUCAAAUUUUAUAGACCACUUUUGGUGAUGGUUGUAGCCUCACAGUAGCCCUUCUCCUUCCUGAAGAACAUUCAGUAUUAUUCUCUUUGCUACCACUCUUCCUUAUCCUACUUUGCCCACAUAGUGACUUACUUCACUGCGUGACCUUGGACAUUAAAUUAUCAGUUUCAUAAAAUCAGUUCUUUUACUGCUGAUUGAACACCAUGGUGACAUUAUGUUUUAUUUCUGCCAUGCAUUAGUUGUGGUUUGUUUUUGUUUUUAAAGUAUACCUGUAAUAAAGUUAAUGUAUUUUCCAUUGGUA